GGGAGCAGAACUGGUUCCACACAGUUAUAUUACAUUUUGAAAGUCUACCUUUGAUAUGCUGUAAUAACCCAGAUGAACUUAGUCUUGUUUAUGCUCUAGUGGUGUCGGUUGCUCGUUUUGUUGGAAAAAUAACGAAAACACGACUUUGUUCUUCACAUAGCUUGCGGCUAUAACAGUCGGAAAUCAUGGCUAAUUCGAUAGUGGAGUGGUAUAAUGGAAAAUCGGUUUUUGUAACCGGCGGAAGCGGUUUCAUGGGAAAAGUGCUCAUCGAGAAGCUGCUGUUUUCAUGCACUGGAAUCAAAGAAAUCUAUGUUUUGAUGCGCUCCAAAAAAGGAAAAAGUCCAGAGACACGCAUUCAAGAAAUGUGGAAAUUGCCGAUGUUUAAGCGUCUGAGAGAGUCCCAACCUGGGGCUAUAAAGAAGGUGAUCCCCGUCAUUGGUGACUUGAACACCGAAGGCUUGGGUUUGAGCCCCCAUGAUUUGAAUUUGCUUGUCACCAAUGCCAAUGUGGUGUUCCACUGUGGGGCCACCCUUAAACUUGAAGCCUCCCUUAAAGACGCCAUUGAACAAAACACCGCAGGGACAGCUCGUGUCAUUGAUGUGUCCAAAAAAAUCAAAAAUUUGUACGUUUUUGUGUAUUACAGUACUGCGUUUUGUUCGGCCGAUAUCGACGUGUUUGAAGAAAAGGUCUAUGACUGCCGUGACAACCCCCGCGACGUCAUCGAAGUCUCCCGCUGGAUGAAAAACGACGCUCUGGACCCCGUCACCAAAUCCAUAAUAGCCCCCCAUCCCAACACCUACACUUACAGCAAACGACUCGCCGAAAAACUAGUCGCCGACGAACUCGAAAAUAUGAAAGUUUGCAUCAUACGACCAUCAGUUGUCACACCGGCCGUCAAGGAACCUCUACCAGGAUGGGUCGACAGUUUAAACGGCCCAAUGGGGCUGUUAGUGGGCGCUGGAAAGGGCGUAAUACGCUCAAUGCACGUCAAGGCCGAAAAUAGGGCACAAACAGUCCCUGUGGACAUUGCCAUCAAUGCCACAAUUGUCAUCGCGCAAAGGAUCGGCUCUACGACGGAAAAGUUAAAAGAGGUCCCGGUGUACAAUUUGACCCAAGACGAAGUCGUGCCUUACACCAUGGGCGAGAUUCUGGACAUUGGCCGUCGAAUUGUUUACGAAAAUCCGUUUGAAAUGCAAAUUUGGUACCCCGAUGGUGAUAUUCGCUCCUCGCGUUUAAUUCACAACAUUUAUUGCAUUUUUUUGCACUGGUUGCCGGCGUACUUUAUCGACUUUCUUCUCUUUCUCUUCCGAUACAAAACAUUCAUGGUGCGAUUACAGAGGAAAAUCCACGACGGUUUAGAACUUUUACAAUUUUUCACAGUCCGGCAGUGGGUUUUCCGAAGUUCGAAUUUUCUCGCUUUGAGCAAAAGUAUGACAGAUGAGGAGAAUAAGACUUUUCCGAUGGAUUUUAAAGUUGUUCCUGUGGAGGAGUAUUUGACAACUGCGGUGCUUGGAGCAAGACAGUAUUUGAUGAAAGAGGAUUUAUCGACGAUUCCGCGAUGCAGAACGAAGCAGAAAAUUUUGUACGUUGUACAUAAAAUAUUUGUUUACGGUGUUUAUCUGCUUCUAAUAUGGAUGCUUGUGUCAACAAUACCGCAUUUGAAAGUCAUGUUUGACGCUGCUGGAAGCUAUGCUCACAAACUACCAAUUGUUGGGACACUUAUUACCAAGUAAAGCAGUGGUUUUUGCUGGUUUUAGGGGGAUUCUUGCACCUUUAUUGUUAUAUUUUGUGUAUUUUAUAAAAGAGGAAUAAAUGUUAAAAAUAAA